GCCUGAUGCUCAUGGCCGCCGAGGGGCGGCGGGCGGGCCCCGAGCCGCGCGCGCUGGAGCCCGGCGGGCGCGAGUGGGCCCACGUCGAGGCCCUCCGCGACGAGCUGCGCGAGCUGCGCGACGAGCUGGCCGGCCUGGUCCGCGGCGUCAACGUCGGCUUGGUCGACGGCAGCGCCCGCGACGGGUACAGGGUGUCGCGGCGCGAGCUGGUUGCUGUGAACGAGAAGGUCAAGUCCGUCCUGGGCAUCGAGCUGCGGCUGGCGGAGGGGCUGAAGGCGGAGCUGGAAGCGCAGAGUGGCGACUAUCUGAAGAUCGACGGCGCCGAAGCCUCGCGGUUAGGGCUUCCUCUGACUGUCAACUCCGGGGCGCAAGAAUGGCGGGCUACUGUGGGCAUACUACUAUAAUGCACUGCGUUUCAGGGAACGAGUAGCUGUAUUGGAUGAAAAAAGAGGACGAUGAAGCGCCUGCGAGGGAGGGCAUAGUGUACUAAUUAGGUAUCACGGCUCACGGCAUCAGGGCGGCUUUUUGAAUCAAGCUAGGUCGGGGAGGGCAGAUUGGAAACAUAAGCUAAUUAAUCAAAGAUAUUCGUGUCCAACUAUUCUUUGUUUGUCUGUCCCUUCAUCACAGC